CCCGGAUUGCAGGGUUUUAAUUUUUAAUCUUCAGCUACUGCAAGAAGGAGGAAAACGACGUUCUUGCAAAUUCGUUGAUUUUGUUGUCGUAGAUUUGAAAGUGGUCGGUAGCCAUGACAGAGCUUCGGAAAUCUGUGUUUGAUAGUGUUGAGGUGAAGCCAAUUGUUAAAUUCAACCCAAAAGCAAUUGAAUUGAAGCACUCAGACAUUUUAGCUCGCGUGUACUCGCAAGGGCAUCUCUCGUUAUCUGAGAAAAAUUCUCUGUCCCGUAUGCUUUUGUUGUUAUCCCAGUACUGGGUAAGUCAGGGGAACAAAUGGUGUGACACAUGCAAGAUUUUCAUAUCGAAUAAUCUGGCCAGCAUUAGGAAUCAUGAGUUCGGUCAACGGCACAAGGAUAAUGUUUCCAAGAGGCUUAAUGACAUGCGGGAAGAGAAAGCCGCGAAAGAUAAGGCAGAAAAGCAAGCGGCUCGUGUCCUCGAACAAAUUGAAGCUAAAGCAAAGCGCAGUUAUCAGAAAGAUUUGGAGAGUUUUAAGGAGGCAAGAGAGACUAAUGCGCAGGCACUUAUUGCUGAAGAUAAAAAUCAAGGAACUUCUGAUGGUUCAGCUAUGCCUGGAGAUUGGGAAGUCGAGAGCUCAUCUGGCUACUACUAUAACCGAAAAACGAGCUGCUACUAUGAUCCUAACUCUGGCUUCUACUAUACAGAAGCUCUAGGUAAAUGGGUGACUCAAGAAGAGGCCUUUGCUUCCUUUCAAGCUUCCCCAGGGCCCACUCAGCGAAAACCUAAUUCGGAAAACAAUAAAACUGCCUCGACUUCCGAAAGUGGGCCCCCACCUGGACGUGUGGUGUCGACACCGCCUAACCCAAUGAGGUCCGUGAAAGGGGCUCAAUUGUCCACCGCUGUUAAGAGAAAACGAGCAGACGAGAAAACCAAACCCAUGUCCAAAGAGGAGGCGGAAGCUCGUAAGGCGAGGGAGGCCGCCAGAAAACGAGUCGAGGAGAGAGAAAAACCGCUGCUUGUGUUUGAAGAGAGAGGUCGUGUUUCGACAAACGGACAAAAAAUGAAAUGGAAAGUGCCCGCCGCUGCCGCUGCUCAACCUCUCUCUGCCCGUGCGUCGCUCUCUGUCUCUCCAACCACCGGCCUGCCGCUUCCCUUAAGUCAGCUACUGCAAGAAGGAGGAAAACGACGUUCUUGCAAAUUCGUUGAUUUUGUUGUCGUAGAUUUGAAAGUGGUCGGUAGCCAUGACAGAGUAUUGGUGCUCUCGUUAUCUGAGAAAAAUUCUCUGUCCCGUAUGCUUUUGUUGUUAUCCCAGUACUGGGUAAGUCAAGGGAACAAAUGGUGUGACACAUGCAAGAUUUUCAUAUCGAAUAAUCUGGCCAGCAUUAGGAAUCAUGAGUUCGGUCAACGGCACAAGGAUAAUGUUUCCAAGAGGCUUAAUGACAUGCGGGAAGAGAAAGCCGCGAAAGAUAAGGCAGAAAAGCAAGCGGCUCGUGUCCUCGAACAAAUUGAAGCUAAAGCAAAGCGCAGUUAUCAGAAAGAUUUGGAGAGUUUUAAGGAGGCAAGAGAGACUAAUGCGCAGGCACUUAUUGCUGAAGAUAAAAAUCAAGGAACUUCUGAUGGUUCAGCUAUGCCUGGAGAUUGGGAAGUCGAGAGCUCAUCUGGCUACUACUAUAACCGAAAAACGAGCUGCUACUAUGAUCCUAACUCUGGCUUCUACUAUACAGAAGCUCUAGGUAAAUGGGUGACUCAAGAAGAGGCCUUUGCUUCCUUUCAAGCUUCCCCAGGGCCCACUCAGCGAAAACCUAAUUCGGAAAACAAUAAAACUGCCUCGACUUCCGAAAGUGGGCCCCCACCUGGACGUGUGGUGUCGACACCGCCUAACCCAAUGAGGUCCGUGAAAGGGGCUCAAUCGUCCAUCGCUGUUAAGAGAAAACGAGCAGACGAGAAAACCAAACCCAUGUCCAAAGAGGAGGCGGAAGCUCGUAAGGCGAGGGAGGCCGCCAGAAAACGAGUCGAGGAGAGAGAAAAACCGCUGCUUGGUCUUUACAAGCGCUGACGAUAUUCGUGGUUUUUUUUUCUUUUUUUUUUUCUCAGUGUUUGAAGAGAGAGGUCGUGUUUCGACAAACGGACAAAAAAUGAAAUGGAAAGUGGUAAGGCUUGUUUGUUAUGGUUGUAAUUGAAGUGUUCGUCUGGACUCUCGUGUAUUUCCGAAUAUGGACACGUUUAUGAAUUAAGGAGUCGAACUCGGUUUGUAAACGAUUCUUACACUGUUGAGAAGGAGCUUCCAACGUAAACACGACAACGUUCAGGUUUUUUGUUCACGAACCGACUUUUGAAAUCUGCAAAGUACUGAGAAGGAGCUUCUAGCGUAAACACGACGAAAUGUAGGUUUUUUGUUCACGAACCUACUUUUGAAAUCAGAGGAGG